GUGUGUAAAAAACAAAAUUAUUGCAAUCAAGAGCGCGCAGUGACUUUCAGGCGUGCAUUGAAAAAUCUCAGAAAUUAUUAAAACAAUUUAAUCGAAAAAUUCAACUUUUACCAUGCCGGGAAAUCUGUUUCGAGUGUUACUAACUGUGGCGAUCCUGCCAGUUAUUAGUUUGGCAGCUAGUCCUGAAGAUGGUCUGCGCCAGUACCGUGCUUCUCCAAAGCUCACGGGUCCUGUGAAGCUCCUACACGAUCCCGCGGACACCAUUCUGAACAGCUUGGAUGUCGCUCUGGAGAAGAUCUCCACCAUCUACAUGCAGGCCUUGUUCGCUGGUACCCACACCCCGGAACUGGAAGCCCCACUGCGAGCCCUCGAAAUGGAGUUGUUCGAUCUGCUGGACCAGCUCUAUAAUCAGAAUCGUCUCAAGGACUAUAUAAAGUACGAGGCGGAAGUGACGCGACAAAUGAUAAUCUACAACAUGCUGAAGAGAUUGUUUGGCUACACACAGGAAAAUGAGGCUGGAUCUAUCUGAGCUGUAAAUUCUAGAUAUGUUUUCUAAUUAUAAGUCCUUAUAAUAUAUACCAUACCAUACUAUAUACUAUAAUGCCUAAAACGUGUUAUCUCCAAUGUUAUUAUAAUUGUUACUCAUACAAUUAUUCCAUGUUUUGAUUUUUUACUUUCUUAUAUUACUUCGCAAUAAUAAAGUUAAAGUAAAGUAAUGGA